AGUGUAGCGAUCUGAAUUGAAUUCGAUUUCUUGGAAGACUUGGAUAUGCACUUGAGUCUUGUAAGAUACGUGCUCUUUCCGAAUUCUCAGUUUAUCCAGAGCCUUGAAGCUGAAAAGACCACAGUGAAUCUGAACAGAAUGGGGGAAGACAAGGAUGUUUUACUGGAGGAAGACAGUUAUAGGAUCAUUGAAAUGGAUAAUCGUCUUCAAGAAAGUGACCCAGGACAACCCGACAUUGAAGUCGAAAUUGUGAAUAUAGAAGAACGAAGUCCAUACAGUUUUUUGCAAAACUGUAAUUUUGUUGGAUUGUGGAUGUGCGUUCUAUAUAACUUCUGCAUGAUUUCGAUUGUUGUUAUUAUUUUUAUUUACAAACGCUGGAAUUAAUAAUAUAGUUGGAACCAAUCAACUUUGGGUUUGUUUUGAUUGCAGUUAAUAUCUGGCUUUAUUGAGCCAACUGUGCUGACAUCAAAAAUAAAUGGAAGCUGUUUACUGCCUUAAAUGUACUUAAACUUUUCUCCAUUUUAUUGCCGCCAAACAAUUUAAGUUGUUGACAAAGUCAUCAGCAUGCAGCAAGCAGUGGCUUCAAAGAAAAUGCAGCAUCAGCAACAAAACACAAAAAAAAACCACCAAAAGUUGCCUCUGUUGCAUUUUUAGUUUCUCUCUUGUGCAACGACACAACUUUUAUUUGAUGCUACUCUGUUUUAUUUAAGGAAUCAAGAAAAUCAUUCAGAGUCAAUCGACUUGAUUUGGUGUUUAUUAUUGAAAUCUGCUUAGAAAUAGAAAACAAUUUAUCAAACUGCUAGCUG